AUGACCGCUGCCAUGGCCUUGGAGAUGCUUCAGAACUUGGACAGCGAUGACUCUGACGCAGGGGAUCUAUUGGAGGUGGAAAGUGACAGCGACAUUUCCUUUGUGCAAGAAAACACUUCGUCCUCAUCAGAGAGUGAUUUAGAGUCCAUACCGAGGAAAAAGAGGCGGCUACUUUCAUCGGAGACUAGGGAUCCCGAUGUUCCGUUCACGGCUGACGUUCCAGGCCUUCCCGAACCAGUACCUGCUCUUGAGCCAACUGGAGUGCUCAGCCCGCCCUUGGAGUCAUCUCGGCCGGAGGCCGCUGUGGAAAAGGGGAAGGAUGGGACGGUGUGGACGGUCCUUCAGUCAACUGAACGUCCAGGGAGAAGGCAGAGCCAAAAUGUCCUGACUGAAGCUGCUGGCCCCACAGCGCACGCGAAGCGCAACAUCGGAGAUGCGCUCACGGCCUUCUUGUGUGUGUUUGAUGAUGGCAUGCUGAAACACAUCAGGGACUGCACUGUGGCUGAGGCACAUCAGCACCGUGGUGACAGCUCAUGGGACCUGACAGUGGCUGAACUGAAGGCCUUCAUAGCGCUGCUAUAUAUCCGUGGAGCACAGGGAGCAAAAACAUGGAGUUGGGCAGCCUUUGGUCGGAAAAAUGGGGCUUCCGUUUUCAAGGAAACCAUGUCCAGAAAUCGCUUCAGGAGAUAA